AUGGGAAACACAGAGCAAAAGCUCCGGCAAAACCAAGAGAGGCCUCGCGAAGAAGACGAAGCACCAACAACUUUCACUUGCGAGAUAUGCUUCGAACCCAUGUUAUCGUCAUCAACCAAGAAAUUCAAGAACCAGAACCGGUGCGUUCACCCGUUCUGCACAGAUUGCAUGAUCAAGUACAUCCAAGCCAAGGUGGAGGACAAUGUUGCCGCUGACGUCCCGUGUCCGGCACUGGACUGCGAGCAGCUGUUAGACCCUCUCUCUUGCAGGCCGGUUGUGCCUGCGAAACUGUUCGACAAGUGGUGCGACAAGCUCUGCGACUCGACGGUUCUAGGGUUUGAAAGAUGUUACUGUCCGAAUCCGAAUUGCUCGGCUCCGGUUGUGAACGAAUGUGGAGGGCGUGUUACGAAAUCAGUGUGUCCCAAGUGCAAAACGAUGUUCUGUUUCCACUGCAAACUUCCAUGGCACUUCGGCUAUCGAUGUGAAGAGAGCGGAGAGCGGAGAGAUACUAAUGAUAUUCAGUUUGGAGUGCUUUUGGAGAAUAGUUACUGGAAGAGGUGUCCACAGUGCGGCAGUUGCAUUGAACGUAUUGAAGGUUGCAAUAAUAUUAUAUGCAGAUGUGGGACCAAGUUUUGCUACGAGUGUGGAGUCAAGGAGAAUGAAACGCAUUUGUGCGCGUGCUACUCCGAAAACUGCUUGAUCUUUUGCGGUAUUAUGUUUAUUUCAUUGAUAUCCGUAGUUAUUAUGUUUGCGGACCCAACUCUAGAGCCAGCUCCAGUUCAGUCCUCAUCAGCCGACACCAGACUACAGUCUUCGGCUUCUACAUCAUCUUCUUCAGAUGAGGCUGAGUAUGUACCACCUCCUUUACCACCACCAGCACUGCCAGGCCAGGCGGCAUUUGAUGACAUUGACCGGUGGGGCAUUUCAGCCAUUUUUGCUCCAGUUACCUAUCCUGUUUACUCGAGGCUCGUCCGGCAGCCAUCUUACGUAGAUAUGGCCAUUGCUCUGACCGGCCACUACAGUGAUGGCAAAACAUUUACCACUCGGACUUAUCUGCCCAACGAUUUCUGGUUCUUUGAUUCGGUCUUGUACCGAAACGUAUUUGUAGCGGGCCAUAAGAUCCAGAAAUGCUCAGACUUUCUAGCUACUCUUUAUACCUUCUAUACAGGGCAUUGGUUCUCUGUUCCUGCACUCAUCUAG